AUGAACAAAUGCUCAAACCGUGGCCGCAUCUGCGCGGAGGCAGACUUUUGCAGGGGCCAGCAGACGAUUAGCGUCCCCGGACCCAAAAGUCUCCCCUUCCUCCCUCCACCGGUUUUCUCUUCCAGCCUCAUCUCUCUCUCUUUCGUGGCGUUUCAGGAUGACAGUUCGGUGAGCAGCGAGGACAUGAACAACGCUGAGCCCACAUGGGUAGCAGCUGAGCAGCCCGCAGUGCCUGAGCCCAGUCCGCCCAACGGGGAGAGGGUCAGCAACCCAGCGGCGGCCAUUAAAGAGGAGGACGAUGACGACUCCUCGGAGAGCAGCAGCGCCAACGGGCUGCCGGCCCUGACCUCCCCGGAGGUGCUGGCCGCGGGAGGGAUCGGGACCCCCCCAGACGGCGGGGCCUCCUACGGGGAGGCGGCGGAGAACGGCGUGAGCGCCCCGCUGGACUUCAGCACCACCUCCUCCUCGUCCUGCUCGGAGGAUCAGCAGCCGGUCAACCUGAGCGACAGGCUGCUCCCGGCCGGAAACUCGCCCCCGGAUCCCUGCCCGGCAGACCCCACCCGGAAGUACCCCAUGAAAACAGAGUUCAACAGCAAGUCCCCUCCUUACAGCUCAGGAAGCUACGACUCUGUGAAGACCGAACUGAGCAUGAGCGUGGAGGACCUAACCUCUAGCCGGGCACAAAUAAUCGACGAUGACGAUGACGAUCACGAUGACCACGAUGACAGUGACAAGAUCAACGACGCUGAGGGGAUGGACCCAGAGAGACUUAAAGCAUUUAAUAUGUUCGUGCGUCUGUUCGUGGAUGAGAAUCUGGACCGCAUGGUUCCCAUCUCCAAGCAGCCCAAGGAAAAGAUCCAGGCCAUCAUCGAGUCCUGCAGCCGGCAGUUCCCGGAGUUCCAGGAGCGCUCCCGCAAGCGCAUCCGCACCUACCUCAAAUCCUGCCGCCGCAUGAAAAAAGGCGGCUUUGAGAUACGACCGACACCUCCUCACCUCACCUCUGCCAUGGCCGAGAAUAUCCUCGCCGCCGCCUGCGAGAGCGAAACCCGAAAUGCUGCCAAGAGGAUGCGGCUCGAUGUCUACCAGCCGAUGGACGAGACUGCCUCUGUUGACAAACCCAUCUCGAGGGAUCCGGCCCCCGUGGUGCCAUCAGGGUUCACCAUUUCUAGUGCAGCUUUUGCCCAAGACCAGCUCUACACCAACGGAGGCCUCAACUACAACCUGCGGGGCUACGGGACGGUGGGCAACCAGCAGAACUCUGGCGCUGCACAAACCAAUGGUCCCACAGAUCUGAGUAUGAAGUCCAUCGGCCCAAACUCCACCUCCUCCAACUCUAACAGUCACGGUCAGGGCGGCGGAGGGGGCGGGGCCUCAGCUCAGCUCAGCCUUCCGGAGGUGACGGCGGUGAGGCAGCUCAUCGCAGGCUACCGAGAGUCCGCGGCCUUCCUGCUCCGCUCUGCAGACGAGCUGGAAAACCUCAUCCUGCAGCAGAACUGA